GUGGAAUGGAACACACCGAGCCAAUGGAAGCCCACGAACAAGGGCAAAUUCUCCAUCACACGCAUGGCAGAGCAUGAUGCAGGGAGAUAUCACUGUAACUACCUCAGCCCCACUGGCUGGACAGAGCACAGUGACCCCCUGGAGCUGGUGGUGACAGGAUACUACCAUGAACCCAGCCUCUCAGCCCUGCCCAGCCCUGUCGUGACCUCAGGGGGAAAUGUGACCCUUGAGUGUAGCUCAUGGCAGGGAUUUCACAGGUUCAUUCUGACUAAGGAAGGAGAUCACAGGCUCUCCUGGAUGCAGGACACACAGCCACAGCCCAGAGAAACAUCACGGGCCAAGUUCUCUGUGGGCCCUGUGACCCGCAGCCACAGGUGGACAUUCAGAUGCUAUGGCUGUUACAGAGAGAACCUGCAGGUGUGGUCACCACCCAGUGAUGCCCUGGAGCUCCUGGUCCCAGGUGAGUCUGGGAAGCCUUCCCUCCUGAGCCAGCAGGGCCCCAUCGUGGCCUCUGGACAGAGCCUGACCCUCCAGUGUCGCUCUGAUGUCGGCUAUGACAGAUUCGCUCUGCACAAGGAGGGGGGAUGGGACCUCCUCCAGAGUCUUGUACAGCAGCCCCAGGCUGGGCUCUCUCAAGCCAACUUCCUUCUAGACACUGAAAGCAGCUCCCACGGGGGCCAGUACAGAUGCUACGGUGGAUACAAACUCUCCUCUGCGUGGUCGGCCCCCAGUGACCCCCUGGACAUCCUGGUGGCAGGACACCUGCCUGACAGACCCUCCCUCUCAGUGCAGCCAGGCCCCAGGGUGGCCUCAGGAGAGAACGUGACCCUGCUGUGUCAGUCACAGAGCCCGAGGGACACUUUCCUUCUGUCCAAAGAGGGUGCAGCUGUUGCCCCCCUGGGUCUGAGAUCAAAGCACCGAGCUCAGCAGUUCCAGGCAGAGUUCUCCAUGAGCCCUGUGACCUCAGCCCACGGGGGCACCUACAGGUGCUACAGCUCACACAGCUCCUCCCCCUUCCUGCUGUCACUCCCCAGUGAUCCCCUGGAGCUCCUGGUCUCAGGUACCAUGAGCCAAGACUACAUGGUGCAGAACUUGAUCCAAUUGGGCGCGGCCGUGCUGGUGCUCCUGGCUCUCUUGGCCACACUGGCUGAAAACUGGCGCAGCCGUAAGGUUUCACACGGAGGACACUGGCAAGAGGUGCCUGAACCGAGCCCGAGUGAGCAGAAAAGCCAGGCAGGGUAG